GCCGCUGCCGCUGCUGCUGCUGCUGCUGCUGCUGCUGCUGAGGCUGCGGGCAGAGGCCGGAGGACCGGGCGGCGGCGGCGGCGGCGGCGGCGGAAGCGGGAGCGCAGCGAGACGACCGAGCAAGAGCCGGAGAGCUGAGAGGCUAGAGCGCUCUUCCGCCCGCGAGAGGAGCCAGAGCCGCCCGGCCCCGCCGCCGCCGCCGCCGCCGCCGCCGCACAAAGCCUCAAGCCCGCGCCGGAGCCAUGUCCGCGUCGGCCGGCGGUGGUCACCAGCCCAGCCAGAGCCGCGCCAUCCCCACCCGCACCGUGGCUAUCAGCGACGCCGCGCAGCUACCUCAGGACUACUGCACCACGCCCGGGGGGACGCUGUUCUCUACAACGCCGGGAGGAACACGAAUCAUUUAUGACCGAAAGUUUCUGUUGGACCGUCGCAAUUCUCCCAUGGCACAGACCCCACCUUGCCAUUUGCCCAAUAUCCCUGGAGUCACCAGUCCUGGCACCUUAAUUGAAGACUCAAAAGUAGAAGUGAACAACUUGAACAACCUGAACAAUCAUGACAGGAAGCACACAGUUGGGGAUGAGGCUCAGUUUGAAAUGGACAUCUGACUCUGCUGCAGUGUUGAAGGAGGCCACACGCAUCGGCCUGUGUGUGCCUGACUGGGCCAAUAGGAACAGUGAACAAAGACUCUCCAGCUCUCCCUCCCCUCCCUCUGGUGCCAAAUGAUGGGAGAUGCGUUCCAUCAGACCACAUCUUCCCCUGUUUCCUGCCCUCUGCCCAGUUAAGGUUAGGUUGAAAGCCCUUGGAUUAUUCUGUGGACCUGACCAGAGGAAAACAGGCCCUGUAGCUUCCAUGGUCAUUUCCCAAGAAUCUUUCUAUCCCCUUCAGAUUUGCCCCAAGUCUAGGAGAUUCCUUGGGCAACACCUCUGCCUGGGGUGGCUAGGAGGAAAGGAGGUUUAGUGCCCACUGCUGUCCUGUGCUCUCUUCUGCCUUCCCUCCCUGCAUCCUGCCGGUGAUUUGAGUGCUUGGGGGGAGGGGAAGUUUUUAAACCGCCUGGUGGAAGUGAUAAAACAGAAUGAGCUGCUUGCCCUAUCCCUGGAGAUGUUUGUCUCUGCACUGGAGCACAGCUUCUGUACCUCCGGCACCUCCAGCUGCAUUCCUGGGACAUGUGACAUCAGCCUCCUUUUCCUCUGGGAGGAAGGCUUCUGUCAUGGAUGUGAUAGCUCGUCUCCCCAUUCCUUUACCAAUUCAUUGGCAUGGGUUUGUUUUUUGUUUUUUUGAGACAGGGUUUCUCUGUCCUAGCUGGCCUCAAACUCAUAGAGAUCUACCUGCCUCUGCCUCCUGAGUGCUGGGAUUAAAGGCAUGUGCCAUUAUUCCCGGUGGCACAGGUAUUUUUUUUUUUUUUUAAGCCCUAUUCCUGAAGGGACCCUUUGUGACAGCUGGUCUUUGCCUAUCUGCUAUUCUUUCUACCUGCAUAUUGCUGGCAGAGUCCUCUUCACUCUGAGACAGCCUAUGGCUUUCUUCUCAGAGCAGAAGUGCCAACCUUUGCCUGGUGGCUACAGUUUGGUCAUAGUGAUCUGCCUGGGAAUAUAUCAGUACUUUUGAAGAGGACUGAGCCACACAAGUAGUCAUGGUUUUAAAACCCGGUGGAUCUUAGUAGGUUUGGUGUCCUGCAGGUUAUUAUAUUUUGAAUUAAAGUUCACUUCCCCUUAUAUUCCUCCCACACUUGGAAUUUGCUUUGUGCUUGGCUGCUGAGAGAGAAGCAUGGGCUGAAAAAUGCAUUCCUCCCAGGUUUCUUGCCCUUCUCAUUAUACAUUCUCAUCGUUCAUCUGUCCUUCUGUCCUUCCCUUCUUCCCUUUUUCCUUCAUCUCUUUCCUUCUGGUUCUUCCACCAGGCCAUUUUUUAAAUCUACAUCAAAGAUACCUCACAUGUUUGGUAUCUUAUAAUAUCCGUCACUCCUUAUCAGAGGAGAGACCUUUUAUUUUUAAGAUGACUACAGACCUAUUUUUAGAUAAGCUUUCAGUACAAUUUUGAACUGCAACUUUUUUAACGAAACAUCUUCCAGUAUUGGGAAGGUUAUUAAAAUGUUUCUAGGCAAGUCUGUCCUUUGUCUUUCAUAGUUCCUCUGAGCGCUUUCCUGUGCCCUCAAGUUUUGAGGGCUAUUUGGAGUUGUAGAGUGGCUAUUUUGUGAAACUGGACCAGUCUGCCUUGCUGUGAGUUGUUGAAGAAAGCUUCCUUCCUUUCCUUUACUCCUCUGCUCUCUUGCUCUUCCUCCUCCCCAUCCCCUCUCCUAAUACUGUGGGCUGACAUGGAGAUCACAGGAGAUCCAUCCUCCUUAAGGAGACAGUAAAGCAACCACUGGUUUCCUGGGAGUUUCUGGUUACUAAGCCCUCUUAGUAACAUUUUAGAUCCCCAUUGUCUGGGAAAGAAAGCGGCUUGCUUUUCUUUUGAACCAUGGAAAGACUCUAAUUUGGAAAAAGAAAGGACAUCUUCAAAUCUUGGUUCUGUUUUUUUUUUGUUUUGUUUUUUGGUUUUGUUUUUUGUUUUUUGUUUUUUUUUUGGUUUUGUUUUGCUACACAAUGUGAAUAGCUCAGAGUGCAACCCUCUGUGACGGUCACUGUCUCAGGAAUAAGCGGGGUCUCCAAUGCUUGGGGAUUUUUGGAGUCUCCAUGGUGAUAAUCAGAAGAGUUUUGUUUCUCUGUUAAAUGUAUCUGUUGUGUUUUUAAUUAAACUCCCAAAUUUCAUUUAAUAUGGAGUCUUGGAAAGACGUAAGUUGUGCUGUAAUUGGUAUAAGAAGCUUGCUCAGGACCUCUUGUACUCUGGAGCUUGAUUGUUUGGGAGCAAGGCUCACAAUUCUUCACACACUGGUGGUACCCCAUGGGAAAAGGACAUCUGCUUCCUCACUGAACGACUGUCUGCCGCUGAGUGGCUUCCUCCUGGACCCACAACUGGGAAUGGAUUUGAGUCAUGGGAGUUGGGAUCCAGAAACUGUUUCCCUUUUCUUACCGUCUUCUGGGGUCUGUCUGCAUCUGCACCUCCUCUCCAGUCAGCACACGUUUCUAGUUUUCUUUAGACUGUCACCUUCAUGGUGUAGAGCUUUCUAGCCUUGUGUCCUCUGCCAGCACCCCUUGCUGCUGGGUAUGGGCCUUAUCUGAAGGCUGCCAUUAACCAUUCUUUGACCUCUAUAAAUCAGCAUUGUAAGGUAAUUGCACAAGACAAGCUUUCAACAGGCAGCAUCUUUGCACAGGAGCCAAUUUCUAGUAAGCAGAGUCCAGUGCAGGGUUCACCUCUGGGUGUUCAGAGAGCCUCACAGUAGAGGUCUGUGAUGCCCUAAUCUGCCAGGCUCCCACCUGAGUGAGACAACUUUUAAAAUCUUAGUGACCCUCUGUGCUAUUUCUCUGAAGGUUAAGUUUCUGCACUUGUGGGGACAAUCAGCCAUCAUGAGGAAGAACCUCCCUCCAGCCCCAGCAGGAGACACAGUUCCCAGUAAUAUUCUUCCUUCUUAGUUCUACUGAAAUAGGUGCUGCUUCUCCAGGGCACAGGAAUGGGAAAGCUGGCAAGAGUUCUGUACUUCUACAUAUUACGAGUUAUCUAUUGCUGUGUAACAAAUUACCUGCAAGCUUAGAGUCUUCUCCAUAGGGUCUUGGGGGUUGCUUAGCACGGAGGUUUUAGCAUAGGGUCUCAUGAUGAUGCAGGUAGGGUAUAGGUCGGGGCUGCUCUCAUCUGGAGCUUUAGAAUCCCCCAUUUUUUUGUGGCUAUCAAUGGGAUGCCUUUUUUGGUCACUCCCCAUAUGGAUUUCUGUGGGAUAAGAGCACCUGACUUCCUCCUGAAUGACUGAUCGCAAAGAAAGGUGGGUAAGAAGGAAGUUGCAGUGCCUUUAAACCACCACAUCCUACCAGGAGAAAAAUAGGUGAUGAGGAAGGUGGAGAUAGUUACAGCCAUAAGCUGGGUGCACAUUGCUAUCAAAACAGCCCUCUGUGGUGAGACCAAACUGGGAUAGAAGACAGACUUCUCUUUCCCCAAAGCAUAUCUUAAGACAGGUGGCAGGAAAUGAAGAUUCCCAGAUCUGUUGUGACCUCUUCUGCCUAUCUUCUCAAGAAUGCUUGCUUUGCAAGUCUCUGAAGUGUCCUCUUUAAGUGUCACUUACGACUUCUGUUGUCCUUGAGCCAAGAAUUGACAAAAGGAAUUGGGGUGUUUGUAUGGAGCCAUACAAACUUUCUUAACUGGAGUAAGACUUGUCAGACAGGUCAAAGGAUGUUGGAUUUCAUAUAUUUGAGCUGCAGAACAAGAAGCAGUUCUGGUUCUGGGAGAUGGUAUGGAAGCCAGGUACCACCUGAGUCAGUGGUCAAGAUCUCCACCAGAAGCAGCUUGUCCAUAAGCCAGCAACUCCUGAGAAGGCAAGUGUCUCUGUAUACUUGAAUACCAGGUCAGUGCAGCAUGCAGGCUAGCCCAUUGCCUUCUGGUUGCCUAAAAAGAACCAGUCUUUGGUUUCACCCAUAAGGGAAGCUUAAGAGGUAGCUUGUCAGCGCCUCAGACCUCACGGAAUGUCUGCUUGUUCCUGCUAGCCAUUCUCACCAUUCUUAGAUGGAGGCUCUUGUUUGGAUUCGUGCUCUGUCCUUUACCAUUUGCUUCUCUGUAGUCAUACCUGCUUUAGCAUGUGCUUGAGGUACUAGUGAAUUAUAUAGGCUUCUUUCUAAUCUGCAGAGGGGCAGGGAAUAGGGGUACUGUCUUUGGGCUUCUCAGCCUUCUCAGUUCCAUUGGGCUCCAGUGAAAGUCCAGAAAGGCUCAGGUGUUGGCUGCCAUGUAUCAGCGAUGGAAGCUCCUUCCUAUCUCCAUCUUGAGUGCUGGCUACUUGAUGGGGGUCUGGUAUAACCCUCUUCACUCCCUUUAGAGGGAAGGCACCACUGUCUUCAUGUAAUCCAAGUUCUUUGGUGAGUUUCUUGGACUCCGUGCCCAUGGCAGCUAUUUAUUAAUCUGCGAAACUCAAUCACCAGCCCAUCCUUCCCAUGGGAAGGUGGGAUUUGUAGUGGAGGAACACCAUUUCUUAGGGGUAGAAGUUCUGUCUGAGUAGGGCAUGGUUGCCCCUAGCCUUCAGCUAUUUUUUUUUCCCCUUGGUUCCUGCAGUUGAGUCAGUCCUUCAGUGCUUCCCAUCCAGGUGUGCUUCCUGCUCUGGCAAUGGGUUUCGUGAGUGGUGGACAUUAUUGAGGCUAGCUCACAGACACUUGACUGAAGACUGUAAGGAUGGCUGACAGGUCCUCAUUUUUCCAGAUGACCAAUCAAGAUACCUUUUCUACUCUGAAGCUGUAGCUUUCCUUUAGGCAGUUCCUAGAAACUGGUGCCUGUUGGCAGAACUCAAUUUUUGAAGUCUUCGGGUGGUCCCUGGUUUUUCUCUGCUUGCUCAGCACUUCCUGCAACCCUAGUAGGCCAUACUGUGUGCCCAGUAGAAAAAGGCUACUGAGCUGAAACAUUUCCCAGGGGAUGCAAACUCCUGUUCACUUUUCUGAGGUGGAAGGGUUGAGACUAGAUGUCUGGUAGAUAUUUGGCUGUGCUGAUAUUUCCAAAGGGAGCUCCUGCCAGGGCUCCAGACCCAAUUUUCUGGGCAUUGCAAACUUAGAAAAUUCCAUGAAUCUAGCACAGACUGCCCAUUCUUGCCUCUAAACCCUCUUUCCUUUCCAUUUUCAGUCUUUUAAAAACUGCCCAACCCUGGCCUAGGGGCUAUGACUGGAGAGCAGGACAAUGGGGCCACCAGCAGGAGGCAGGGGCCAUCGGGACCACACUGGCUCAUGCCAAUGCCUUUACCCCACUUACUGGCACCCAGGCCAGCUCCAGUAAGCCUUAAAGAAGGCAACUUGAAAUGCCCCAAGGACUCCAAUCCCCAGUUGUCCAUUUUAAGAAUCUUUUUAUGCGUUUCCUAUAUGCGCUUACCUGUUUACUGCUGCAGUCCUAACCAUGUGGAACAGGGUUUCAGAGGCUGCCAGUGCUUUCCUUGGUCCUCCCCUUUGUUUCCCUGGUGUGCUGUCCCCUCACUUCCUUUCAUUCACUGUCAGCAAUGCUGUGUGAUUCUAUGACCAGUUUGUUUUCUUAAUGUCCUUCCAAACUAGCAGGUGUUUGGAACUAAGGAAAAAAAUCCUCACCGACGGUUGCUGUUACAGUUAAAUAAAGACCUUGAAUAUUGA